GCAGACCUGCCUGGCAGUCACGGUUGCGGGUACAUUUAUCCCUUGAGCAUCACUUCCCAGCUCCAUAGACCGGCCAUUGGAUUGUGGGAUUAGGAGGAAUGUGUUAGACGGCGUCUUCCGGCGUGUCCCAGGAAAUGACGAGCCAAUCCAAACAGAGCCGACCUGCCAGAAGGAAGGUUUUUGUACACCGGGACGGGGAGAACCGCAAGAUGUUUACCGAUAUGGAUUAUGAACUAGAGGAAGAUAAGCUCGGGAUCCCCACAGUUCCUGGGACCGUCACCCUCAAGAAGGACGCUCAGAAUCUGAUUGGGAUCAGCAUUGGAGGAGGAGCUCAGUACUGUCCCUGUCUCUACAUUGUCCAGGUGUUUGACAACACACCGGCUGCGCUAGACGGCACUCUGGCUGCAGGUGAUGAGAUCACCGGGGUCAACGGCAAACCGGUCAAGGGCAAGACCAAGGUGGAGGUGGCCAAGAUGAUCCAGGCUGUGAAGGAAGGGGAAGUUAACAUCCAUUACAACAAACUCCAGGCUGAUCCGAAGCAAGGGAAGUGUCUGGACAUAGUUCUUAAGAAGGUGAAGCACCGCCUGGUGGAGAAUAUGAGCGCAGGAACCGCAGAUGCUCUGGGGUUGAGCAGAGCCAUCCUGUGCAACGACGGGCUGGUGAAGAGACUGGAAGAGCUGGAGAGAACUGCAGAGCUGUACAAAGGGCUUAUGGAGCACACCAAGAGACUGCUGAGGGCUUUCUUUGAACUGUCCCAGACACACCGAGCGUUUGGAGACGUGUUCUCUGUGAUUGGAGUCCGGGAGCCCCAGGCUGCUGCCAGCGAAGCCUUCGUGAAGUUUGCAGAGGCGCAUCGCAACAUUGAGAAGUUCGGGAUACGACUGCUCAAGACACUCAAGCCUAUGCUGCAUGACCUGAAUACCUACUUAAACAAGGCGAUCCCAGACACCAAACUCACCAUCCGCAAAUACCUGGAUGUGAAAUUUGAAUACCUGGUAAGAAACGCCAACCCUGAAUCCAGCUGCCAGGGUAAUUGUAGCAUGACUGCGGGAUAAGUUGCACAUUAGCAG